CUCAUGCUUGAAACCUCAGAUCGCAGGUUCUUUUCCCAGUAUGAGUGGAGGCGCCAGUGUGGUAGUGUGCGUUCUGUGUGUCAUAACUGCCGCCCCCGCACAUCUUAAGUCUCAGCCACAGAGAGGGAGAGUGGAGGGGAGUGAAAGGCCGAUUGGAUGCGUGGGAGAUCCCCUUAACUUUGUAUUUGAUCAGAUGUAGACGCACGCUGCGCUUCCAGUCUGUGCUGCGGAGGGGAGAGAGGAUGGCGCACGCGGCCAGAGCGCACGUUACCUGGAUUUCCGCAGUGAUCAUGGUAGCUGUCACUGUCUCCUGUGUAACCUGGAUCAUUGCGUCCCGGGAAACAAAACCCUCAGGACAAGUUAUUAACGGUACAGCAGUGUGGGAAAUCCUCAAAAAUCCAUCUUCCACUGCACAUUGUCUCUGUAAAGUGAGUAACAACUCUGCAACAGAUGAUCAUCUGAUCCUGGUGAAGGAGUGGUGUGAAAAGAAUUUCUCCCUGGAUGAAAACAAGAUGUGGAUAACAGUGGAGCAGACGGGUGUUUAUCUGGUCUAUGUACAGCUGACAUACAGUCUUAAAAAUGAUGGAAAGAGCUCUAGUGUAGACCUCAGCUUUUACGUGGAUUUCAGAUAUCCUGAAGGUCAAGAGGACUACAGUGGUUCCUUUGACACAAGGCCACUCAGCGAGACGGAGCAAGAUGCCCAUCUCUCGUCCUUCUUCCUGUUACACAUCAAGGCUAAGAACAGCCUCGCCAUAAAGACACAUCAAAAGGAGAGGAUUAAGUAUAAUGAUGUGCAGCCAUUCUCAAGUUACAUCACCAUCAUUCGCUACACUGACUGGUCAGGCUGAUCAGGGAGAAACAAGCAACUUCCCACGAGUUCGUACAUAUGCUCAAUGUCUUUGUCAGCUAUUUUCCUUCUUCUUACUUAAAUCACAAACUGAAGGCGUUUUUUUUUUUUUUUUUUUCUGUUAUGAUGUCAAAAUGAUGACCAAAGGCAUCAGAGGCUUCCACGAAGUAAAAUUGAGAAAUGUUAAACCACAGGAAGAAAUAUGACAACUCAACAAUUUUGGGAUGUUUGCGUAGGGAGGUGCAAUAUUUAUCUCCAUAAUUUUUCUUUGUUUUGUUUUUUCCCCCCUCCCCCUUUGUUGCAUAAUGUUCCCGACUCAUGAUUUUCUGAGAAGCAUGACACAUUUUCCGCCCAUUAGAGACAAAAGUGAUUUUCACUUUGUUUCGGGUUCGUUAUGACUCAUUUGAGAAAAGCAUCAUGCCUGUUUCCUCAUUUCUCGGUUUGACGAAAUGAGCACACACAAAUUAAAGUCACUUCCACUCGCUGCUGCAGUUGUUGCUUCGCUGUGUUUGUGAAACGAGGGAUCUUUUUUUUUCAUGGAGGAUGGUAUUUCUGUGAAAUUCCAUUUCUUGUUCUUGCCAUUAUUUUGAAAACAUGCACAAGUGACGUGGCUGAAUGUGAUGCUUUAAAAUGUGUUUUUGAGGAGCAUCCUGUUGUAAAAAUUCAAAAUGUGCACCAACAAUCUGGAGAAAUCCCCCAUACCAUGUGAUAGUUUAGCAGUAUGUGAUGACAACGAUCACAUAUUCCUCUGUGUUUAUUUGUUUGUUUGUUUGGUUGGUUGGUUAGUUUAGUUUAGUUCCCCCCCCACACACCCCACAUGGAGCAUCACAUAAUAAUAACCUCAUUAUAUUAUAAUUUAAAUACAAAAAUCAAACCAAGCAAUUCUUUUAGCAUAAUGGUUUUUUCUAUUGCUCAGGAAAAAUGUAAAUACAUCCAUUUUGUCUUAACACUUAAUAUAUAAACUGCUAAUGCAGAGUUAAAAUCUGAUAUCCUUUUUUCCUGAUGAGAAAUUUUUUUUGGUAAAGGUUUUUUGAGGGUAUGUCAUACCAUAACACACUAAUUUAACAGCCAUAAAGCUGGAACUAGUUGCAUUGUGACAAUCAAUAUUAGAAUACAAGUCAUGUAUAUUCUAAGUUGUUUGUAAUAGGCUCAGGAUUAAGUUUAAUAUUCUUGAGUUCCUGAUUGGACAAAGGAUUAAACUUCUUACAUUUUUACAAGAAUUGUUACAUGACACACAAAAUCAAUUUCCAGGUUCAGGGUUUGUUAUGAGUCAGCUGAAAAAAAAAGCAUUCCACGUCUUUAACCUCAGAUACAUUUAGGGCUGCUGAUCAGAAUUCUAAAAACGUGUAAGAAAUUCCAAAUUGUUAUACCGUGUUUUUUUCAUUGUUGUUGUUGUUGUUAUUUCUUGUUUUUUGUUUCUUGUUUCUUGCAGUAAAGCUGUCUAGGAUAUGAGAAGUGAGAAAGGCUAUGUAAAAAUUUAAUGUUAUCCAUUAUUAA